UCUCUCAUAAUCCCGGAGUUUCGCGGCCGAGCGGUUGUCUUGGUACUCGCGAUCGGAAAUGUGGUUCGUGCUGUAUCUUAUUCUGGCCCUGCCGGUGCUGGUGGUCGCCUAUCUGGAGCUGAGCACUUUCCGCCGAAGGAAAGUGCUAAACAAGUUCAAGGGCCCCAAAGGCCUUCCCAUCGUGGGAAAUGCUCAUCAAAUGGGCAAGAAUCCCUCAGAAAUUCUCGACCAGGUUUUCUCCUGGUGGCAUCAGUUUGGCAAGGACAACUUUGUCUUCUGGAUCGGAACAUACUCAAAUGUAUUGAUCACUAGUUCCAAGUACCUCGAGUUUAUACUCAGCAGCCAGACGCUGAUCACAAAGUCCGACAUUUAUGACUUGACACAUCCCUGGCUAGGAUUGGGACUUCUGACCAGUACUGGCAGUAAGUGGCACAAGCACCGCAAGAUGAUCACCCCGGCCUUCCACUUCAACAUCCUGCAGGACUUCCACGAGGUGAUGAACGAGAACUCGAGCAAGUUUAUCAAGCACUUGAGGAAGGUUGCUGCCGGGGACAGUAUCUUCGACUUUCAGGACCAGGCCCACUAUCUGACCCUCGACGUUAUUUGCGACACAGCGAUGGGAGUGUCCAUCAAUGCCAUGGAGAACCGGAGCUCCUCCAUUGUGCAGGCCUUCAAAGACAUGUGCUAUAACAUCAACAUGAGAGCUUUCCACCCCCUGAAGCGUAAUGAGACGCUGUAUCGAUUGGCUCCUGACUACCCGGCCUACAGUAGGACUCUGAAGACGCUGCAGGACUUCACUAAUGAGAUCAUCGAUAAGCGCAUUGCGGCCCACAAGUCGGGAUCAGUUUCGACAAGCCAGGGUGAUGAGUUCGCUCGCAAGAAAAUGGCCUUUUUGGACACUCUGCUGUCGUCGACUAUCGACGGUCGACCCCUGACUUCUAAGGAGCUGUACGAAGAGGUGUCCACCUUCAUGUUCGAGGGCCACGAUACCACCACUUCGGGAGUAUCAUUCGCUGUCUAUUUGCUGUCCAGACAUCAAGAUGAACAGAAAAAACUAUUUGAGGAGCAACGCGAGGUAAUGGGGGAUACUGGAUUGGAUCGAGACGCCACCUUCCAGGAAAUAUCCCAAAUGAAAUACUUGGAUCUGUACAUCAAGGAAGCGCAGCGCAUUUAUCCCAGUGUACCUUUUAUUGGCCGGUUUACAGAGAAGGACUAUGUGAUAGACGGUGAUCUUGUACCCAAGGGUACCACACUCAACUUGGGUCUCGUGAUGCUGGGAUACAACGAAAAAGUGUUCAAGGAUCCCCACAGAUUCCGUCCCGAGCGCUUUGAGCUCGAGAAACCAGGUCCCUUCGAGUACGUGCCCUUCAGUGCCGGUCCACGGAACUGCAUUGGACAGAAGUUCGCUCUUCUGGAGAUCAAGACUGUGGUUUCCAAGAUCAUUCGCAAUUUCGAGGUGCUGCCAGCCCUGGAUGAGCUUGUUUCCAAGGACGGGUAUAUCAACACCACCCUGGGAUACCCUCCUGCUGAGAGGAUAAAGCGCGACGCCUGUCGCCACAAGUACGAUCCAAUUCUUUCCGCCGUGUUGACCCUUAAAUCCGAAAACGGGCUGCAUAUUCGGUUGAAGGAGAGAACCUCAGAGAGUCUUCCACUUUUUACUCAAAUCCGAUUUACUCGCUGCAACGAUCGGUUGUCUGUGGUAGCACUCAAAAUGUGGAUAGUGCUGUGCGUUUUUAUUGGCCUUCCGCUGGUCUUGGUCGCCUAUUUCGAAUUAGGAGCACUGCGGCGAAAACGAAUGUUGAACAAGUUUCGGGGGCCAAGUAUGCUGCCCUUGGUGGGAAAUGCCCAUCAGAUGGGAAAGACUCCCACAGAGAUUUUGAACCAAUUCUUUGGCUGGUGGCACGAGUACGAGAAGAAUAACUUUCGCUACUGGAUAGGCUUAUACUCGAAUAUUAUGGUCACUAGUCCGAAGUACAUGGAGUUCAUACUUAGCAGUCAGACCUUGAUAUCCAAGUCCGACGUGUACGAUCUAACUCAUCCCUGGCUGGGACUGGGACUUCUGACUAGCACUGGCAGCAAAUGGCACAAGCACCGCAAGAUGAUCACUCCGGCCUUUCACUUCAACAUCCUGCAGGACUUCCACGAGGUGAUGAACGAGAACUCCAGCAAGUUCAUAGACCAGCUUAAAAAAGUGGCAGACGGAGACAACAUCUUCGACUUCCAGGAGGAAGCCCACUAUCUGACCUUGGAUGUUAUUUGCGAGACUGCCAUGGGCGUGUCCAUCGGCGCCAUGGAGAACCGAAGUUCCUCAGUUGUUCAAGCCUUCAAAGAUAUUACCUACAUGAUCAAGAUGAGAGCGUUUAAUCCUUGGAAGCGACAUGAGUUUCUUUUUCGCUUUGCACCUGAAUAUCCAGCCUAUAGAAGGACUCUUAAAACCCUCCAGGACUUCACCAAUGAGAUAAUAGCCAAGCGAGUUGAAGCUCGAAAGUCGGGCGACGAGUCAACCAACCGGGGUGAUGAGUUCUCCCGCAAGAAGAUGGCCUUUUUGGAUACUCUUCUUUCAUCCGUUGUGGAUGGUCGUCCUCUAAAUUCCCAGGAGCUUUACGAAGAAGUAUCCACCUUUAUGUUCGAGGGGCAUGACACCACCACAUCUGGAGUUGGCUUCGCAGUCUACCUGCUCUCCAGACAUCAAACUGAACAGAAAAAACUAUUUGAUGAACAGUGCGAAGUAAUGGGUGAUUCGGGACUUGGUCGGGAUGCCACCUUCCAAGAAAUCUCCCAAAUGAAGUACUUGGAUUUGUUUAUUAAGGAGGCGCAACGACUUUAUCCAAGCGUUCCUUUUAUUGGUCGCUUUACGGAGAGAGAUUACUUCAUUGAUGGCGAUCUUGUGCCGAAGGGCACCACCUUGAACUUGGGGCUGCUCAUGUUGGGAUACAACGAUCGUGUUUUUAAGGAUCCUCACAGAUUCCGACCAGAUCGUUUUGACCUGAAGAAGCCGGGACCCUUUGAAUACGUGCCUUUUAGUGCCGGUCCUCGAAACUGCAUUGGACAGAAGUUCGCGCUGCUGGAGAUCAAGACAGUGGUGUCCAAGAUCAUUCAAAACUUCGAGGUGUUGCCUGCUCUAGAUGGGCUCCUCUCUAUGGACGGCUCUAUAAGUACGACCCUGGGCCUUCCUCCAGCGGAGAAGAAGAAGCGCGAUGCUCAUAUCCAUAAAUAUGAUCCGGUUUUAUCGGCUGCUAUGACUCUGAAGUCUGAGAAUGGUCUGCAUCUGCGCAUGAAGCAGAGGCUUUGAAUAUAAUGUUUUGACAAAAGUUAAA